AUGUCUGACGCCGAUGUAAAACCCGGAUCGGGCGGCAGCAUGAAUUUGCUCACCUUGGCUGUUCCGGAUUUUAUGGCACACAAGCCCAACGUCUGGUUCGCCAUUUUUGAGAUAGAGUUAGAGAACAGAGGGAUCUCUUCCGACCAAGCUAAAUACAACCAACUCGUCCCACGCCUUCCGCAACAGGUGGUGACAUUGGUCGAAGACGUACUGCUUCAUCCACCUAAAGACGGUAAAUACGAAGCAAUGAAGCAGUUGAUUCUAAAGGAGUCGCAACCCAGCGCUCGUGCUCGAUUGGAGCAACUCUUUCAUAGCACUAAGCUAGGCGAUCGCAAGCCUUCGGUUUUGCUCCGCGAUAUUCAACAGAUUGCUGGCCCUUCUUACAUGAGUGAAGAAGCAUUAAAAGAACUGUGGCUCUCACGCUUACCUGAUCCUCUUCCUUUAAUGCUCGUAGCAAAUCCAAAUAGAUCACUCAAAGAGUUGGCCAUAACCGCGGACGCAGCCUUUGAGAGAAUCCCUCAAAACAUGAAGGCAUCCAGCAGCAUUUUCGUCACAUUAGCGGAUAAAGACUUGAAUGCAAAAGCGCCCGCGCAAGCAGACCCCAGAGACGAAGAGAUAGCCGCGCUUCGCCGUGAAUUAGCAACCGUGCAGUUAGAAAGACAAGGCUUGCUAAGACCGCACGCUGACCACGAAAUUGCCGCCGUUCGUCAAGGUGCCUAUCAGCCCCGACCCCCACCGUACAGAUCCAGGUCACCGCGCAGACGCAGUCCAUCACCCCCUCGCAGCCGAACCCGAAGUGCCAAUUUAAUCGAUGAUUUGUGUUGGUAUCAUCGCCAGUAUGCGUGGUGUAGUGGCACAGGGAAACUAGUUCGCCGGCACGUGAAUGCGGCCCACGCGUCCGGCAGCGACAAAACAGGCCGUCUGUUUUACGUCAAGGAUAGGCGCUCCCGCCUCACUUUCCUUAUCGACACAGGAGCCGAAGUGAGCGUUAUCCCUGCCAGCGCGCAUGACAAGCAUACAAAGCCCACGUACAAUUUACGGGCAGCCAACGGCUCGCCGAUAGCUUCAUACGGUCAGCGCAUGAUGAACCUAGAUUUAAAUCUCCGCAGAGACUUUUACUGGGUUUUCACGGUUGCGUCAGUACCUUUCGCAAUUAUCGGCAUCGAUUUUCUUCGCCAUUUCGGAUUGCUUGUCGACGCGGGUCGCAACAGAAUUUUAGAUGAUCAUACGAAACUAAGGGUUGAUGGUGUCCUUUCAGAUGCCCCGAUAAUCAGCCCUGUAUUUCGGAUCGCAGACGCACCGUCCGACUACUUGAGCCUCCUCUCCGAACACCCGCGACUGGUUCGACCGGCUGCAGAGCUUCCACCAGUCACGACAGAGGUCGCUCACCACAUAGUUACGCGCGGUCAACCAGUUAGCGCACGACCAAGACGGCUUGCUCCAGACAAACUACGGGCAGCACGAGCCGAAUUUGACCACAUGCUUCAACUUGGUAUCGUGAGACCGUCCAACAGCCCAUGGGCGUCGCCUCUGCACAUGGUCCCGAAGAAGAUUGUGGGGGACUGGCGUCCUUGCGGCGACUACCGAUCCUUGAAUACGGUGACCACACCCGAUCGCUAUCCGAUCCCACACAUAGUGGAUCUCACCGCCAGUCUGGCGGGUAAAAGUAUCUUCAGCAAAGUCGACUUGGUACGCGCAUACAACCAAAUUCCGGUAGCCGAAGCGGACAUCGCUAAAACUGCCGUGACGACUCCAUUUGGUUUGUUCGAGUUUCUGCGUAUGCCAUUUGGCCUAAAGAACGCCGCGCAAACUUUUCAGCGUUUCAUCGACCAAGUUUGUCGCGGUUUAGACUUCGCUUACGCUUAUCUUGACGACAUUUUAAUCGCAAGCUCUUCGCGAGAAGAGCACAUACGCCACGUACGAACACUUUUUGAUCGUUUAUCUCAACACGGGGUGACGAUCAACGCAGAAAUGUGUUCGUUUGGUGUCGAUUCAGUUAAUUUCCUGGGCCAUCGUAUCUCUUCUGCAGGCGUCGUGCCACUGCAGGAUAAAAUUCAAGCCAUUAUCGACUACCCCGAGCCUCAUUCUUUCAAACAGCUCAGGCGUUUUGAUGGCCUGGUCAACUUUUACCGUCGAUUUAUACCCAACUGCGCCUCUCUGAUGCAACCCCUCACGGACCUUCUCCGAGGGAAACUCAAGACGUUCGAAUUUCCUACCGCAGCACGCGCUGCUUUUAAGUCGCUGAAAGAGGCUAUCGCCAACAUAGCUUCCAUAGCGCAUCACGAUCCGACCGCCCCACUGUCCCUUACAACGCGUAGCCGACACGUGGCAGCCCUUAGCGUUUUUCUCCAAACGCCUACAACCUACCGAAUCUCGCUACAGCACGUUCGGUAG